UGACUUACUGAGGAGGGGUGUUUGCCAAAUGGACUAAUUAACGGGCCAGGUCUUAUCUCGGCUGUUAGUGUAACUUGUGUGUGUAUAGGUUGAUUACGGGAAUGAGUGCACCUGAAUACGGAGUAGUGUCCCCCGUGUUGACAGGCGAUUAGCACUGGGGGCGAUAACUGACCACGUCUAAAAGACUCUAUCAACACCCUGCGGUACCGGGCGAAUGGUCCAACGUUCGUGUGAAGGGGAACAGGUUGCGCACAAACGAGGGGUACGGGCACAUCUAAAUGAACAACCCGCCGACCGACCUAUCAAGUUUGUUCCAGAUUGGCGGUCUCAAAAUAGGUCGUUGCGACAAAUGUUUACGUUCGUGUACAGAUAAGUCGACACGUUUGCUUUAGUCAUCUUUCCUUCCGCCCCCCCCUUCUCUAGCUUGCUGGAUUACACCAGUGGAUGUCCCCGACGGGAAGUGUGAAAAUUGCCUCGGGACCUGUCACCCCGGGUCUGGCCCACAGGUGUCCCCCUCUAGCCUCUCCCGGCGCACCUGGGUAGUUGCGGGGACAGGCCUGGUUACGUAACGCUCUGUUUGCUCCGCGUGGGGAGGAAGGGCUUCGUGGUGUGUGAAGACAUCAUAUGCUGGCCGCCUUCCGUCAUCAACACACUGUCACACAGAUAGUCUGACCACGCGGACACUGCCACAUAUCACUCAUUGCCAGAUUACAGUUAAUAGUACUAUCAUUUUUCCAGCUGGCCACUGUCGGGUGACCAACAACGACAAGGAACGUUAACACGUGAGUGACCCUAGUCCAGAACUUCCCAGAUAUUCCUAGAGAUUGAGAGAAGACCACAACCGACGCUGUUCUGGUAUCUUAAGGGUCAUCGCCUCCUGAGAAAGUGUUAAAGCAGAAAGUCCGAGGCAACCCGAAGGAAUAUUUAACCGGAUUUUAAGGAGGAAAGAGAACGGCAGCAACGGCACAUUGCGGAUCCAGUUAGUGUGAACAGCUGUAGAUAAAUCUCUUCAUCGUGGCGCUGUUACCUUCUUACCACGGUUCCAUGGGUAGCAUGGCCUACUCUCCAAUGCCGCCAACUACCAAAGUUGCCCCGUACUCCGUCAACGGGAUCAGCCUCACCUCUCAUAAUGUGGACAUGAUGCACCCGGCCAUGACAUAUCAGACACCACGCAAACAAAGGCGGGAGAGGACGACUUUCUCCAGGGCACAAUUAGAUGUUUUAGAAGCGCUCUUCCAGAAGACCCGUUACCCUGAUAUUUUUAUGAGAGAGGAGGUGGCACUGAAAAUCAAUUUGCCAGAAUCAAGAGUACAGGUAUGGUUCAAGAAUCGCCGGGCAAAAUGUCGACAGCAACAGAAAGCACAACAGCAGCAAAAUCCCCAAGACCUCAAUAAAAGCCGUCCUAAAAAACCGAAGACGCCGCCCUCAGAGCAUGCAGUCUCGCCUGGGACGCCUGACACAUACAAACCACCAGCGCCACCUGUCGAUAUCCCACCGCCAAUCAAGAGUGAGUCUCAUCUGACCAACGGCAACGGAGCAUCUAUCUGGUCUCCAGCGUCCAUCGCUCCAUCACCAGUUGGCGACUACAUGAGCCCCAACAGCUGCAUGCAGCGUUCCUCCUACCACAUGGCCAAUUCCCAAACCCCUUACACUCCCCAAAAUUACACACCUUCUUCCUAUUAUGGUAAUAUGGACUACCUGCCACCUUCUAUGCAGCUUCCGGUCAUGCCGCCGUCCAAUCAGAUGUCACAAGGCAUACCUACGUCACAGCAUCAGAUGGGAUCAUAUGGACCAAUGGGAAGCCCACAGGGACUGUCACGAGGGGUGCAUAUGUCGUCAGACUGUCUAGAGUAUAAAGAAUAUAAAGACCACUCUUGGCCAAAAUUCCAGGUGUUAUAAAGUAAAUCAUGUACUGUCUUCAGCAGGUACUUUAGUAAGGGUAAAAAACAGCUUAGGUUUUGUUAAAUUGGGAUGUUUUAAAACAUUUGUGGAAGCCAGUACGUGCAAGGAAUAAUCUGAUCUGAAAUUUUGCUAGGCAUAUUUAGAAAGCGUCUUGAUGAAAAGGGCGGCGUGCUGAAUCACGCCAACCCGAAGCUGUCGGAAAGUGGGACAAUGUCUGCAAUACAAGCGUAAUACUCUAUCUCUCUGAACAUUCCAAAUAUCCGAAUUUCACUCUUAUAGAUGGAAGUAGAAGUUUUUAGAUAUUUAUCUUAGUUUUACCAUCUUAAUUUUUUAUGCUCAAAUCCACAAUCAAGAAGAAAGUGUCAAAAUUGUGAAAUUGUGAGACAAUCAGUUGUAUAUAAUAUUGUGUACAUUGGAGGUGUGAUGUUGUUAUAAUAUUGUGUAGUGUUUUAGCUUUACAUGGUGUUUUAACUGUUUUUUAUUUAUGAUGGGAGCAAAAAGAAAUGGAGGAAUCAUCGCUUCUAGUCGAAACUUCUUGAGAGCAUGUUAUUGAUGUAAUAGCCAAUAUAUUACAACAUGUUAAAAGGGGUUAAGUAAAAGCUGUACUUAACGUUGUUCUUGAAACACAUUAGCUCUGAUUAAGCGUCAGUUUUCCUUUAAGAAAUUGAGUAUGGGGGUUGGGGGAUUAUGGAAAAUAGUCCUGCGUGAGCUAUACUAUUAAUCAAUCUUCAUGGUGCGUACAAAUUAGAGGCUAGUCGAAUACCCACUGGAAAAUCAAAGGCACGAGACUACAAUGCAAUGAAUCGUCUAAUCUUGUUUAAAUCACAUGAUAAUUUCCCUUCUACACCAGCUGCCGUUUAAGAAGAAAAUUUUAGGUAUUAAUUUCAAAGCAUAUGGUUAAGGUACUCACAAAACGCUGUAAUACAGCGCUACAGGGUCGGUAGUAAUUCUGGAUUAAAUACGGGAUCCACGCAUUUGGUCCGCUAUAUAAAAGAAGAUAAAAAUGGAAUGAACUGAACAUUGAUCAGUUUUGAGACAGGGUAAUUCGAUUUAGGGGAAAUAUCAUAGCUUAGUGUAUGUUAAGGCAAUUUCAUGUAUAUUAUCAAAUACAUUUCAUACUGCAUUCGGUAUUUGUCACUACGUUAGUCCAAAAUGCAGGUCAGUUUAUUAUUCUAGAAUAAAUCCUGUUCAAUAGUAUUGAAGUAGAUAUUAGUCGUUGUAGACGUUAGCAUUGUAUAAAUAAGCUUCCAAAUCGUUAUUUUAGUAAAAAAUACUUUGUUAUAUUGA